AUGCUUUCUCGCAUCAUCUCCAAAUCUUCGCACUUCCAGAGUUUCCGAACCCUAAUUUCAUCACAAGCCUACAUCUUAAAUCCGAAACCCAUAUCCCGAAACCCCUCCUUUCCGGUUUUCACCUUCCAUUUAUCCUCCCAAACCCCUAAUGUUUCUUUUUUCUCCACAAAUAGAAACGGUAAUGGAAAAUUUGGUGACGAUUCAGCAACCUCAACUUCAGAUUUGUGGAAGCUAAACUCAGAAAUUGAUCAAGAUAUUGACUCUGUGUUUUCUGUAGAGUCUGGAACUCUAGAGGGGAUCCAUGAUCAAAAUGCUGAAGAAAUGAAAAAUGGUGAUGAUGGGAUAAAUGCUAUGUUUAAAGGGGUUGAAGAAAAGAGCGGAAAUGAUGGGGAGAGUGAUAUAUUUAGAGGGGUGGAAGAGAAGAUUGAUGGUGGAGGCCAGGUUUGGACCACCACGGAGGAGAAUGAGCCGUGGAGUUUCACUGCUGGGGGAAAGGAUGGUGAAGAUGAGGAUUUGUUUGGUGUUGGAGAGGAGAAAGGAGAAAUGGGGUUGAGUGGCUUAGAAGGUGUCAGGGAGUUGAGUGUAGGAAGUAAAAAGAGCGCCGAAGAGGAGCAGCUCGAAGUUGAAGAGAAGGCUCUCACUGCUGUACUCAAAGGUCCAAAUCGUGCAUUUGGGGAUCUUAUAGCAGCAUCUGGAAUCACAGAUGCUAUGUUAGAUAAUUUGAUUGCUUUGAAAGACUUUGAUGGCAUUCAAGGACUGCCCCCUCUAAGGGAUAUUGAAGAUCUGCGUUACGAAAAGAACACCAGAAAAUCCAGUAGAGCUGAAAUAGAGCGCCAGAAACAGGAAGAAGUUGCCAAUUCACGUGUCAGACAAGUAGACGAUAAGGGAAGGGCUUAUGGAACAGGGAGGAGGAAAUGCAGCAUAGCCCGUGUCUGGAUUCAACCUGGUGAGGGUAAAUUUGUAGUAAAUGACAAAGAAUUUGAUGUGUAUUUCCCGAUGCUUGAUCACCGUGCUGCUCUUCUUCGGCCUUUCUCUGAAACUAAGACUUUGGGUAUUUGGGAUGUCAAUUGUACUGUUAAAGGAGGUGGCGUAUCAGGUCAAGUUGGCGCCAUCCGUUUGGGCAUCAGCAGGGCAUUGCAAAACUGGGAACCAGGCUUGCGUCCUCCUCUCAGAGACGCUGGUUUUCUCACGAGGGAUCCAAGAGUUGUGGAAAGGAAAAAGCCAGGUAAAGCCAAAGCAAGAAAGAGCUUCCAAUGGGUCAAGCGUUAA